CUGUCAGCGCUAACGCUCUCAAACCUGAAAAUCGGUUCGUCAUACAAAGAAUUUUUUGCAUUUCGUGUUAAAACACAAGUCUAAAUAUAAUUUAAGGAAUCAUCAAAAAUUAGAGCUCUAAAGCACGUUAAUAACUAAAUAGUACCGCUCAAUAAGAAUUACCAACAAAACAACAACCCAUUAUGGCUGUUAACGUGUACUCCACAAAUGUGACAUCAGAGAACCUUUCGCGGCACGACAUGCUCGCCUGGGUGAACGAUUGCCUCCAGUCGCAGUUCUCCAAAAUCGAAGAGCUCUGCACGGGCGCCGCAUACUGUCAAUUCAUGGACAUGUUGUUCCCCAAUUCAGUGCCUGUGAAGCGUGUCAAAUUCCGCACCAAUCUGGAGCAUGAAUACAUACAGAACUUCAAGAUACUACAGGCUGGCUUCAAAAAGAUGUCCGUGGAUAAGAUCAUACCAGUUGAUAAACUUGUGAAGGGACGAUUUCAAGAUAAUUUCGAAUUUUUACAAUGGUUCAAAAAAUUUUUCGAUGCCAAUUACGAUGGACGCGAGUAUGAGCCCCUGGCUCAGCGCGGCGGCGUCAAUAUGGGCAGCGGCAAGGGACCAGGCGGCUGCAGCAAUGGAGGCAGCGGUGUGGGCAGCGUCCACAAUGAUUUACACAUGAUGCACCGCCGGGGAAUUCAGGCGCCACAACCCAAACGUCUGGUGGCACCAAGCGCCCCUUCGCAAGAACCGGCAGUCUCCAAGGUGCUGCCGCGCACGAACAGCGCAGUGUCGCAUAGCAGAGUGGCUACCGCCACCAAUAUCACAGGGACAGUGAAGAAGAACGAUGCGAACAAUGCUGUCAAUAAUCAGCAAAUCGACGAGCUGUCCAGCCAGGUCAUAGACAUGCGUCUAAAUCUGGAAGGUUUGGAGAAAGAGCGCGACUUUUAUUUCUCAAAAUUGCGCGAUAUUGAAAUACUUUGCCAGGAGGCUGAGGAGGGGGAGACAACUCCGUUGGUGCAAAAAAUAUUGGACAUACUCUAUGCGACUGAGGUAGGAGCUCCCGCAGCACUGCUACCCAACGAUGCACCACCAGAAGAUGAGGAGUAUUAGGAGUUAUAUAAAAAGAAUAAAACCAGCCCAAACACACCACAUCUGCAAACUUUCUGCAAACAAUUUCAAACCAGCAUAAGGAUAAACAAGAAGAUAAAACAAAACGAAGAAGACAGACACAACAAAAACGUGUUGUAUAAAACAUGAUAACCCACAAGUAAUGGCCACAUAACAAGGAUACACCCCGAUUGGACAUCAACUAAAAUUUGCAGCAACUCCCCUGAAAAUUUGCAAGUUUUCCUUUAUUAUUUCAUUAGGAUUGCAUGCUGCUCUCAUGCUCAAUUUUUAAACAAAUCGUUCUAAAUUGGAGCCAAACAAAAACAGUGUCUGCAUUGGCUAUCUAGCGUACUCGUGCACGUUCGAUCAUCCAGCUAUUUCUUGGUCAAGUAGCAUUUGUAUUUUGUAUUUAAAUUUUUUUUGUUUUGCAGAAUUAAACGGUAACUAAAUUGUAAUGGAUUCCUCUCACAUGACACAAUUGUUCGAGCUGAAUAUUAACGUGCGUAAUUGUGCAUCGAAACAAUUGUUUAAAGUUCUUUAGUUCAGUAGAACAAGAAAAAUAAGAUCCCUGUUCUGAUUGUCUUCUCUUCUGUUUUACACGCUUUUCAAGAAAUUCAAUACAUUUAUAAUUUUUAUGCAUUCUAGUUUUCUCACUUUGAUUGUUUUAAGUAAUUUUCUGUGAAGAUCAGAUCUAAUGAAUCGAAGUUGUACAAUGUAAUAGUAUUUCUCUAUUUUCAAAAUUCUACAAAAUUGGCUGCAUAACAUAAUAUAAAUUUAGAUAUUAAGUGAUAUUUGCUCUCAAUUCAUUUAGUUCUAUAUUUAUGUGUAGAACAAAUUGAACAACAAUGUUAAAAAGGAGUUCAAAUAAAACACAAAACAUCUUUCUAAUUUCUAAAAAC